GUAUAUUGUCUCUUAGUUAGACUGCUAAAUCCAAGAGAAAUUGCUAUGAUAUAAUCUCUCGCUCCUCCUUAACAACGAAACGACAACCGCGUGGCGGAGGAGAAGGGUGCUCGCUAGCUCCAUUAUUUUAACCUCCCCCUCUCGCCCAUCGACGAGUCAAUCCUACCUAACUCUACAACCUCAAUUGAACUCCAAGAAAAAUCCACCGGUUGGACGGCUGCCACAACUUGAAGAAAAUGGAACUCCGUUGCCAUCAACCUUGACUGUGGCCGCUGCCGGUGCCGGCAGCCUCCACAUAGUGGCGAUGCCGUACCCGGGACGAGGCCACAUCAACCCCAUGAUGAACCUGUGCAAGAUUCUGUCCUCCAGAGUCCCGGACAUCAUCUUCACCUUCGUUGUCACCGAAGAGUGGCUUGGCUUCAUCGGUUCUGAGCCUAAGCCUACCAACCUAUCCUUUGCCACCAUCCCUAACGUGCUCCCCUCAGAACUGGUCCGAGCUCAGCAAUACUCCGAAUUCACCGACGCAGUUUUCGCCAAGAUGGGAGGACCGUUCGAGGAGCUGCUGGAUCGGCUCCGGCCCACACCGACCGUCAUCAUGGCCGACACUUUCCUGAGCUGGGCCCUCCGUGCGGGGAACCGGAGGAAUAUUCCAGUGGCAUCGUUCUGGUCAGCAGGGGGGUCGAGUUUCUCUUUCUUCCAUCACUUCCAUCAACGACACGGUCACUCCCCGGUUGAUUUGCCUGAAAAGGGGGACGAGAGGAUCGAUUACAUUCCUGGAUCAGACUUAACCAGUUCUAGAGUCCUCCAACAAUUGGUCGAUGCAUUUAGCAUCGUCCCUGAGGCCAAGUAUCUCUUGCUCUCGACCGUGUAUGAGGUGGAAUAUCUGGCUGUCGAUGCCCUUAAAGCCAGCUUUUCUUGCCCAGUCUACACCAUUGGUCCGGCCAUUGAUUUCUCUCGACUUACAGAUGACUCUUGUUUGAAUGAUGCCGAUUACUUAAAGUGGUUGGACUGUCAGCCGAGCGAGUCCGUCCUAUAUAUCUCUCUCGGAAGCUUUCUCUGUGUCUCCAGCUCCAAGAUGGAAGAGAUCGCAGGGUGUUUGCGCGACAGCGGCAUUCGUUUCAUGUGGGUGGCGCGUGAGGAAGCCUCAAGGUUGAGAGAGCUGUGCGGCGAUAGGGGAAUAGUCGUGCCAUGGUGCAACCAGCUGAGGGUGCUGUCACAUUCGUCGGUUGGCGGGUUUUGGACGCACUGCGGAUGGAAUUCCAUUUGGGAAGCUAUUUUUGCGGGAGUUCCUCUGCUCGCGUAUCCCAUAGCUAUGGAUCAAGGCAGUAAUGCAACGCUAAUUGUCAAGGACUGGAAGGUCGGAUGGAGGGUGGGCACGGAGAUCAGCGGGCUCGUGCGAAAGUUCAUGGAUUUGGAAGACGAUGAAAGCCGAGAGAUCAGGAGACAGGCUAAGCAUCUUCAGGAGGUAUGCCGGAGGGCGAUCGGAAAAGAUGGAUCAACUGAGACUAACAUCAAUUCCUUCAUCAGGGACAUUUCCCAUCGCAAUAACAGUUCAGAAAGUUGAAUGUACAAGUGAUCGAUGAUGUUUCUGCAUAUUCCAAUAAUUGUUGGAAAAUUAUCAAAAUAAUUCGUAAAUUUAGAAGUGGUUGCUAAUGUCUUAUGUAAGUUGCUAAGUUUAGCCUGUUAGUGAACUCCCAACAAACGUCGGUAAAGUUGGUACUGGACUCACAUAAUUUUUGGUUAUUUUGAUAUAAAAGUUAGUAGUUUUACAA